UGUUUACCAGAUAUUACCUUCUGAUAAGCUAGACUAGACAGCACUGUAGGACCUGCUCUGUUACCUUUGGAAUUAUCUGGGCAAAGGGUACUCUUAGAGCGUUGAUGUCUAAUUGUCAGAGUUUUAUCAAGGGUUGAUACAUACCUCACAGCGGACUGACCAAAAUGCAGCACACGAAUGAAGGUAGGAGCCCUUCGGAAUCGAAGUAUCGGGAACUUCCUACUCAAGAACAAAAUGGCAACUACUCCAUCGUUGACGACAAUCCUGACGAUGAGGCAGGUGUGCGUGCGCAGUGCGGACUCGGCGGCCUGAGGUGUCGCAUUCUCCAGGUGCUGGCGCAUCCUAACGCGUACGUUCUCUGCGCAGGGUUGCUGUUCGUAUCGACGGUGGGAGCCAGUGGGAUAUACGUGGCUGGUGUUGUCUCCACGAUCGAGAAAAGGUUUCAGCUGAGGAGCUCCGAAUCUGGUCUCCUGAUGUCUAUGAAUGACAUCUCGUCAUUGUGUGGUGUGCUGUUUGUAACACACUUUGGUGGAAGAUCACAUAGGCCAAGAAUAGUCGGGAUAUCGGGCCUGGUGGUUGCUCUCGGGUCUUUCUUGGCAGCCCUUCCCCAGUUCAUAUUCGACAACCCCACCCUAGAUGAACUUUUCGUCAACAGCGCCAACCAAUCGGAAGGCACUUCAGGAGCAUCACUGUACGAAAAAGAUUUACUCUGCAACGCUAAGGCGAAUGCCAGUCCGUGCACCGUAGAGGAGAUUGAAGCGUCAGGGUCCCAGUUCGCCAAGACGUGGCCAAUCAUUUUAGGCCAACUGCUCAGUGGACUUGGCGGCGCUGCCAUAUUGCCACUGUCUGUGACGUACAUUGAUGAUGCAGUGGAGAAGACCAUCCUACCAAUCUACAUGGCUUUGAUGUUUCUACCCAUGGCAAUUGCACCCUUGUUCGGUUUUUCGAUCAGCGGUUAUUGCCUUUCACUCUUCGUGGACUUCUACAAGGCAGAUACAUCGGAGCUGGGUAUCAGCCCUCGGGAUCCUCGGUGGCAGGGCGCCUGGUGGCUAGGCUUCAUCAUCUAUGGAGUCAUCCUGUGCCUUGUCUCCUUCCCCUUCUUCUUUUUCCCGCGGAAGAUGGACAAGCCGAAGUCCUACUGCUGCUGCACCGGGAUGCCCGACUGUUGUAAGGGAUGGAUAGUACGAGCAAGAGGAGGGCGGGCCGCCAUGACGGAAAUCGCCACCCAUCAGAAAAAGCUCUCCGGAAAGCCAGUGAUGGUGAUCAAGGAAUUUCUGGCGUCACUGCGUCGGCUCCUUUUUAACCCUACCUACAUGUUCUCACUUCUUGGGUACUGCCUGCUGGUGAUUUCAUUUUCCGGGUUUGGAAUAUUUUCCGCCAAGUACAUCCAGUACGAAUUCGGCAUAAGUCCCUCAACGGCUGGGCUUUUACUGGGCUUUACAGUCAUGCCCGGUAGCCUAAUUGGCAUCCUCCUUGGCGGUGUAUUAACCUCUCGGAUGGCAGGGAGCCAGCGAGGCUAUGCACAACUCACUCUUGGUAUCCAUGUUCUGUGCGUGUUGUCGUAUUGUAUCAUGUUGUUCUUUGGAUGUCCCAACAUCAAAAUUGCCGGACUGACGACUCAAUAUGGCACCAAUGGCGCAGCGAAUGGAAAUGGUUUGGACGUAUUCUCAACCUGUAACAUGGACUGCUCUUGCGAGAGGGGGACUUAUGCACCAGUCUGCGGCUCUGACAAUGUCACAUACGUCACUGCUUGCUUUGCUGGUUGUAAAACAGUGUUUGAAGAACAACAUAAUACAACGAUUUACGAAGGCUGCGCUUGUAUUAACCAAACUGCAUACAGUUACACGAAUGAGUCAACUUUCGAUGUGGCAUCCAAAGGAGCAUGCGCCGCAAACUGUGACCUGCUGAUUCCAUUCGUCAUUUUUCUUUGCCUUGCAACCGGCAUCUCGUCGCUUUCAUUUAAUCCCACAUUCAUGAUGAAGUUCAGGUCUGUUUUGGACAAAGACAGAGAUCUUUCCCUCGGACUGUCAUCAUUCCUCAGUAAAGUUUUAGGAUUCAUACCAGCCCCGGUCCUCCUGGGUGCCAUUAUCGACACUCAGUGCUUGUACUGGCAAGAGUCGUGCGAUGUCACAGGAGAAUGCUUUCUGUACGACCGGCCUGGCCUCAAGUUCGCCUUCAUCGGCUUCACGGCCGGUUUCAGAUUUCUGGCCUGGGUGUUUUUCUGUAUAAGUUCCGUCUUCAUCUUUAAGCAAAUGAAAUACGAACCAGCGAACGAUAAGGACGGAAGGGCAACGCAGAACGGUGAAGACGUCAAUGGCGGGGCGAAUAACGGGCUGAAGAAAAUGUCUUCCAAGGAAGCAGAUGUGUAAUCUCAUUACAAGGAUAAAACUCCUGGGGCACUGUUCGCCGCUUCGUCGAAGUUUUCCGGAUGCCUCUUUUUGUCAAUUCUGAUUCACUUUUGAUAGGCCUGAGAAUUUUCUUUUUGUAAAACUUACGUGGUUUAGAGUACGUGCUACGGAACAAAAUGGCGAGCCUCUACAAUCCAUAUUUCUUUCUGAAAUCAAUCAAAACAUUUUAGUGAAAAGAUAACCGUCUAACCAUGUUGUAACACUGAUGAGCUUCAGAGAUAACGACGUUUAUGCAAAAUUUUGAAAAAAAAAAUUGUAAGUUCCAAAAAACAGCAUUCCUGCAAUAGCAAUGAAGCAAGAGUUUCACACAAUUUGAAGGAAUAAUUCUACCGAUUUGUGUUUUAAAGCAUAAAGUUGAUUGGGAAGUCGAUAGCAAAUAACACGUUUGUGGAUGAUUUGUGGGAUUUGAAUGUAUCGGUAACCCUAAAAUAAAGCAGUAUUAAAUUUACUUUGCUUCUAAAUGUAAAUAUUUACCCUCUCAAAAUUAUUUUAUAGUUUGAAGCCUUCUGCUACAUCGUUGUUUGCUUCAGAAUUAUAAACAUUUGUUAUUGCUUUUUUAUAAACAAAACAAUUGUACAGGGUCUAAACAAUAAUAUCAAAUUUUAAAAAGAAAAGCUCAAAAAUGCAGCGCUAAAGACCUGGACCUUUGCUUUAAUCAUUUUAAGUGAAUAUUUUGCUUUGUGUAUAAAGCAGCAGACUUCCUUAUCCAAAUAAAUUUUGUACAGUGGACUUUUCGCAUUAACUCGUUAAACAUUUAAUAAUUAUGUUAUCAAUGUUAUUCCAUGUUUGUAGUUUUUUU